UGUGUGUGCUUUUUCCUGCAGGGAGAUAAGAGGAGGUGAAUUGUGUAUGCUUCCAGCAGCCUUCUGUUAAACUUGGAAUACCACAGUUCAAGCAAUUGAACAGAUGGAUAAUGGAGACUGGGGAUAUAUGGACCUCAGAGCUCACUUUGCCACUGGACUUCAAGGAGUUCGACCUACUGCGGAAGGAAGCGGACUUCUAUCAGAUCGAACCACUCAUUCAGUGUCUUAAUGACCCCAAACCGCUGUAUCCCGUGGAUACCUUUGAGGAGGUGGUGGAGCUGUCCAGCACCCGGAAGCUUUCCAAGUACUCCAACCCGGUGGCUGUAAUCAUCACGCAGCUCACUAUCACCACAAAAGUCCAUUCGUUACUGGAGGGUAUUUCAAACCACUUCACGAAGUGGAAUAAGCAUAUGAUGGACACUAGGGACUGCCAGGUUUCCUUCACUUUUGGGCCAUGUGAUUACCACCAGGAAGUGUCGCUCAGAGUCCACCUCAUGGAGUACAUCACAAAGCAAGGCUUCACGAUCAGGAAUACCAGAGUUCAUCAUAUGAGUGAGCGGGCCAACGAGAACACAGUGGAGCAUAACUGGACUUUCUGUAGACUGGCACGGAAAACAGAUGACUGAUUCUGGCUCCCCAGGAGCCACUUCAGUGAUUAGCAACUUACCUGGACAGUAAUCACAAGAGAGUCUGGAUUUUGACUAAAGCAACAAUGUGGGCUUUUUUUUUUUUUUUUUUUUUUAUACGACUAUUUAUUGUUAUUCAGUAAGGACUGGAGGAGUUUCCUUCUCUAGCAGCUCUGUCCUUUUGUCCUGUUCUGAAAAGAAAACCGUGCAUGUGCCUGU